AACUUAAACCCUUUAUUCCGGCAAAACCCCUCCAUUCAUCUUCCUGUGCAUAAUUUUGAAUCACGUCAACUUUGCUCCAGCUUCUAGUUUUAACCCCACCCUACAAAAGUAUAUAUUUUUUUUAUUGUGCUUCGAAGAUUUCGUUUUCUUUUCUCCAUUCUCGCCAACAAAAAAGGGGAAAAAAUUGUUCUCUAUAAGAAAUUCAGGUUCAAAUUCGGUGCAUCUGCCAGAAGCAAGAACAGUCGCCAUGGCUGGUCCAGCGGACAUCUUUUUCGUAGGAAAGUUUUUGUGAUUUGGAUGUAGAUGCAGUUGAAGUAGCGGGGAAGUGGGCAUUCUGGUCUUGUUCAGAAGAUCAAAGUUUGUACAAGGGAAAUGAAGUUUCACUGGAAGGCGUGCUUUGUUUCCAAGCAGAACCAUUUGCUCGCGAAGCUUGCUGUUUCGCUUCUACUAGUGGGUAUUGCUUUUCGGAUCGUCUUCUUUGGAUUUUCGCCCGUUGCUGAAUCUCCUUUUCUCCAGAAAGAUGUGAUUUCAAAACAGCCUGUACCAGUCAAAGUCCCAGAGAGUUUUGGAAAUCUGAUGUCUCAUAACGAAAAAUGUGAUCUCUUUGCUGGGGAUUGGAUCCCAAACCCAUCAGGUCCAGUUUACACCAAUGAGAGCUGCCGUCUGAUUGAAAGUCAUCAAAAUUGUAUGAAGAAUGGGCGGCCUGAUACAGAGUAUCUUUACUGGAGGUGGAAACCAAGGGGUUGCCAGUUGCCCCCAUUUGAUGCAGAGACUUUUCUUGAGUUGAUGAGGAAUAAAACGUGGGCUUUGGUUGGUGAUUCAAUAUCUCGAAACCAUGUGCAGUCAUUGCUUUGCAUGCUUUCGAAGGUCGAACAAGUUGUUGAACUUUACCACGAUGAGGAAUACAAAUCGAGAAGAUGGCAAUUUCCCUCCUACAAUUUCACCAUCUCAGUUAUUUGGUCCCCCUUCCUUGUGAAAGCUGCUAUUUUUGAAGACAUCAAUGGUGUUUCAACAUCUGCCAUUGAGCUGCAUCUUGACAAGCUCGAUGAAAAGUGGACUGAUUUGUUUGGGAGCUUGGACUACAUGAUUAUCUCAACUGGGAAAUGGUUUCUGAAAACUGCAAUUUACUAUGAGAAUGACAAAAUAAUGGGAUGUCAUUAUUGUAAGAGAGAGAACGUGACGGAGUUGGGAUUCGAGUAUGCCUAUAGAAAAGCACUUCGAUAUGUGCUCAACUUCAUUGUCACAUCGAAACACAGGGGGUUAAUUUUUUUUAGGACAUCCACACCAGAUCACUUUGAGAAUGGGGAAUGGUUUAGUGGAGGGAAUUGCCAGAGAACAGCCCCAGUCAAAGAAGGGGAGAUUGAAUUGAAGGACUUGAACAGAAUCCUGCUUAACAUUGAACUAGAGGAAUUUGCAAGUGCAGCGGCAAAAGCUUCUGGACAUGGGGUGAAUCUUAAACUCCUUGAUUUCACUCAUCUUUUGUUGUUGAGGCCUGACGGUCACCCAGGUCCAUACAGGUUCUUCUACCCAUUUUCCAAGAACAAAAAUGCUGAAGUUCAAAAUGACUGCCUACACUGGUGCUUACCAGGUCCAAUAGACACUUGGAAUGAUUUGAUAAUGGAGAUGGUUGUAAAUGGCUGAAAGAGUUGGUGAUAUUUAAAUGGCAACUUAAAAUCUCUUGCUUCACAUGAAUCCUAUUGGCAUUUUCUUGAGAAACCGGACGGAUGCUUGAUAGAUCAAUUAGAUACCAAUGCCCAGAAGAGCAUUGCUGCAUCGGUGUUCUUUCUUUUUCCAUUCUCAUUUUUCAGAUAUUGUCAUCGGGUCAUCUACUCCACGAAUUCAUCUAUAUGGGGAUCAAUCAGUCUGCCUCGACAUACCUCGUCUAACAUACCUUGUCAAAAUGCUAGUUGGAUAUUGAAUUGUAUUGUGAUGUUCACUGGUGCUGUUGUUGAUUGUAGUCACUUUGAUAUUAUCGCUGAUGUGAUGAUUCUAUAUCUUGUGAAGUUCUCAGAGUUAUUGCAAUAGACAUAAAACAAGGAGGAAUGAUAUAUCUACUUGUUUGCCAACAA